CCGUCGACUCCAGCGUUUACUCACUCAUUCGCCCACCCACUCGCUCACUCACUCACUCACUCACUGUCUGUUACAGUCAUUCUCUAAACCGGCCACGAUGACACCAAUCAUUAUGUUACCAUACACGGCAGGCUUGUUACCGCUCGUUAGCCAAUACAACCACAUAGGUGUUGUAUACAGCGAACCCUACACAGAUGUCACCUAGUCUGGUGAGAUCGAUUUCCUUCUCUUGUGACACCGUUUGUCAGUCAUGACCACAGAGAAGAAGUCAAUAAACUUCUAUCGAUUCCUUCGAUUUUCUAAUAUAUUCAAAUUCAGCAUUAAACAGCUGUCUUCAGUGUUCUGAAGAUUAUGUGUAUCAAAAUUAGGAUAUAAAGUUGUUUAACCAUAUAAACUCUGAAUUCUAGUUUAGGAGGGUCCAUUUACAGUAGAACGUAUAGCUGUGCCAACAUCUGUGCCUCCAGUUCGACCUGCUGCCGUGAGACCCGAGUACUGCUGUUAAUGAGCAGUGUUUGCAGGAAGAGAACAUCAUACGUGUAAUGCCGUGUAUGUCUGGUGCUUUCAUCAUUGCUGGAAAGACUCUUCCUGUAUCAGAGGAGGAUGAACUUGUCUUAGGAGUCAACAUAUUGUGAUUGGUGACAAUAAUGUCGACGUUUACUAUGUAACGUGAUUAUUAUUUUAACACGGUGUAGGCGACAUAACGGAAGUGACACGCUUACCGGCUUCAUGCGACAACGAGAAAGAUGGAGAGGUGUGUUUGGUCAGUGUUUGGACUGACAAGAUCACGUUUUGGAGUACAUUGUCUCCAUGCCUAAACGACUCCAGUCACAUGUAUAGACUCAUAAAGUUAUAAAACAAUAAUCGUGAAUUCCGAACCACAGCCGACUUAGGCAUCUUCUUCCUGAGAGGAGGUUUAGCCUGUGAUGUCUUUUGUGGACAGGUUCGCUGAAUGGCUCAGUCAGGGGGUUUCGUCCGCAUAGACGUAUCGGGUUAUCGAAGCAAUAGAAAUAUGGCGUUUUACAGCUAAUGAAGAUACUGUCGCGAAUUCAAUCUUGAUGAAGAAGCACAACAUUAUCUGUGAUGCUGUGGACUUUCAUCAAGGUGAUGCAAGGAAUGUUUGAUCAAUGACAUCAUUUACCUGUUCAUCCCCAGUCUUUAAUGAUCAUCAUAAACACCAUGAGGUUCCGAAUGAAAAUAUACACCGCCUGUCUCCAUGUGUUUCUGUGUGGACUGUUCUUUAAUUGGAUCAUCGGGUCACUCAGAAAGAAGGAACGUGAUCCGAACGAGGGUUUAGAUAUCCAGGUUGAGGGGUUGAAGGGUCGUGGUUCUAACGCCAAUGGGGAAAACGGGAGGGGCAUGACGUUUGUGGGGCAGGAGCUGCAGCUGGUGGAGCAGUACAUGGAGACGUAUAAAGUGAAUGUUGUGGCCAGUGAUCUCAUCAGCCUCAACAGGAGCAUCCCGGACACCAGGUUCCUCAGCUGUGGGAGCUUGGUGUAUCCUGUGUCUGAGCUUCCGACAACCAGUGUCAUCAUCCCCUUCCAUAACGAGUGGCGCUCGCUGCUACUGAGGACAGUCCAAAGCAUCAUCACCAGGACGCCACCGGCACUGCUGCAGGAGAUCAUCUUGGUGGAUGACGACAGCAGCCUAGAUAUCUUGAAGAAGCCACUGGACCAGUACAUCGCGGACCAUUUCCCAUCCGGUAAGGUGAAGGUUUUGCGCAUGCCCGUGAGGGGAGGCUUGAUCAAGGGGAGGCUGAGAGGGUGGCGGGAAGCUAAGGGAGACGUGCUGGUCUUCCUCGACAGCCACAUGGAGGUUCAAGUGGGCUGGUUGCCUCCCUUGCUGAACGAGAUAAGGAAGAACAAUAAGACUGUGGCAAUGAGCGUGCUGGACAAAGUUGAUGCUCGGACUCUGCAGUACAACGUGGCUGGCGACAACGUCAUGAGAUACGGCUUCCAGUGGAAACUGGGGUUCUAUGGUCUGUACUUCCGACCAGAACAAAUAGGGGAACAACGACACAGCCCAAGAAGGGGUGUUUCAAUGGUUGGAGCGGCCUAUGCUGUGGACAAGUCUUACUUCGCGGAAAUCGGUGCCUAUGACGAGGGGAUGCAGAUUUGGGGCGGGGAGAACAUUGAGAUGGCCUGGAGGGUGUGGAUGUGCGGGGGUCAGCUGUUGCACGUGCCAUGCUCACACGUGGGUCACAUCGAGCGUCCCCAGCCCUACACCUUCCCGGGAGGAGGCAGACAUGCUGUCAAACUGGUCAAUUUUAAGCGUGCAGUAGAAGUGUGGAUGGGACCGUACAAGAGAUUUGUGUAUCGUCAGUUCCCAGAAAUGGAGACCCUAGACGCCGGGGAUCUCUCCUCCCGCCUGGCCCUGAAGGAGCGGCUCCAGUGUCGGGACUUCUCCUGGUACCUGAAGCACGUAUGGCCGGAACUGUUGGUGUAUGACGAGGAUGUCCGGGCAUGGGGAACGCUGAAGAACGACCAGUCCAUGACGUGCCUCGAUAAUCAUAAAGGCCUCUAUCCUGGAAGGGUGUUUAUGGAACAGUGUAAGGAUGACCUCAAUUUACAGGGUUUCUCUCUGAUGCGUGACGGACGUCUGAGAACAACCGUGUUGUGUGUUACCAUUGGCACUAUCAACGCUAAACAUAGGCCCUUACUUAAAGAGUGUUACAACCAACACAGCACAUGGACGAUUCAUCGCAAGACAAAAUGGCUGAAUGAAGAGGCAAGCGGUUUGUGUUUGGAUGUGUUUAAUGGCUUCCCCAUCAUGUCACCAUGUGUCGAAAACAGCACGUCACAGCAGUGGACAUUUCAACAUAACAAGUGAGCUGGGAGGCUUAUAAAGACGAAGAACUGAGGAUCACCUAUGGGGAUGGACCUUUAACAUACUUGAAUAGGUCAUAAUAGCUAACAGUGAGAAGUAGGUUGAAGUACACCUAUGUUUUCACUAAUUUACAGCCAGAAUACGAUGGAAUCUACACAGUCUCACUGUGUGGGAAUCGAACCCGGGCAUGAAACGUGAUGAGCCAACGCUUCAACAACUAGUCAUGGUUAAGAUCGCAAGAAAAACAUUCGAAGAGACCAACUGGCUUGGUCAAAAGAUACAGAGGGCCACGAAUGGCCAAGUCAUGUUAGGCGCUGCAAGAGAUCUGACGAGUUGCGUCCCUUGGCCACGCCAGAAUCCUAUGAUCGAUGGUUGGAAUCCUGGGUCACAACAAUUAUGUUACUGAAGUACUGUCGGAAAUAGAAAAAAACUGUGUUUUCUCAUUUAUCUCUACAGUUGAUGUAGUUGAUAUGUGAAAGUGUGAAAUAUCUGUUAA